AUGCUCUGCGCCGGCCACGACCACGAUUCGGAAUCGUGGUGGAAGAUGCCCUUCCGACUGCGGCUCGAGAGCGCCCGCUCCAAGCUGCUGGGCAGCCGCCGGAGCUCCACGGCCUCCGUCGCAUCCUCGGCCAUGGGCGCGGGCUCAGAGCUAUCGCAGCCUUCGUCCCCACUGCCCCGGCCACCUCGCACCCGUUCGUCGGGCACGCACAGCGUGCGAACCCCCCCGCCGCUCUCUACCUUGAGCAAAGACUCGCUGCCAGAGCCGCUGGAGCCGGAGAAACCGUCUCACUUGCGCGCUGAUCAACACCAAUCGCGGGACCGGCCGUCUGAAACGAUCGCCGACCGGUCCGAGAGCUUAACCUCAAAGGAUCUGCAGCAGCAAGCCCAGCAACCACCUGCACCAUCGCCGCCGCUGCCCACCCUCGCGCUCGAGGAGCCCUCGCCCGUCCCCGACGCGCCGCCCACCCAACUGGGCCUCACGCUCCCCGGCGCCCUCAGCGCUCCCGACCUCCACGACGAGUCCGACGAGGCCCUGCACCCGCUGCCCACGCCCGAGGCUCUGCAGUCGCCCCGGCAGCAACGCCCGCUCGCCAUCCGCCGCCAGUCGCUAGUCCACAACUCGAAUGCCCGAGUCAUCAAGACCCUGCUCGACUCGCAGCGGACCCGUCCCUCGACCGCCAACAGCCAGGAGGACUACUUCUCGCUCAACGCCGGCAUGCUUCACCGCAAGAUCUGGGUCAAGCGCCCCGGCGCCUCGGCCACCCUGGUCCAGAUCAGGGAAGACGACCUGGUCGACGAUGUGCGCGACAUGAUCCUGAAAAAGUACGCGAAUUCGCUGGGCCGCAGCUACGACUCGCCCGACGUCUACCUGCGCAUCGUCUCGCGCGAUCCCGCCGCCCGCCCUGCCGAGAGGACACUUGGUCCCGAGGAGGAGAUGUGUCGCACCUUGGACGAAUACUUCCCCGGCGGCCAGACGGUUGAUGAGGCUCUGAUAAUCGAUGUGCCUCAGCGGCGCACGCCAAAGCCGUCGCCGCGCGUCCCCCUGCCGCCGCAUGUCGCCCACUACUAUGGCGAGACCCGCCCGGCCGAAACAGACGCCGACUACUUCCCGCCCAUGCCCGCUCUCGGCGCGCCUUCUCCCGCUUCAUUGACGUCGCUGUCCCACGACAGUCGCCAAUCGCACCCCCACCAAGACGUUCGGUCAAUUGCAGUCCUUACCACAGGUCAGGUACCUCCGCUCCCCUCGCCCGGUGCCACGCGCCAAAGAUCGCAUCGUCCGAGGCCUCACCGGAACCUCACCUCCUCUCCCACCCAGAGCACGCAUCCGCCUACCUCUACCUCGACCUCGCAGCACCUCUCCCGGCCGAACCGUGGACGCCUCGACUCCGGCGCAUCCGACACAAAACAUGCCGUCCAGGCAGCUGCGCCGCCCCCGCCGACGCCCCCCGCGCCUGAAGCCGUGCCUGCUCCAACAAAAACCUCGACACCGCCUACGCCAAGGGUCCAGUCACCUGAUCCCCGGAAGCCGAAAAAGAAGAAGAACAAGGAGACAAACGCAGACGCACCGAGCUUGCCUUCGGGUCUACUUGACGGCUCCGUUCCUCCUAUCAAUGUUCUGAUUGUCGAAGACAAUAUCAUCAACUUGAAACUGCUGGAGGCAUUCAUGAAACGUCUGAAGGUCCGAUGGCAAACGGCCAUGAACGGUAGAGAUGCCGUCACAAAGUGGCGCGCAGGAGGAUUUCACUUGGUUCUGAUGGACAUUCAACUUCCCAUCAUGAGCGGAUUGGAGGCAACGAAAGAGAUCAGGCGCCUUGAGAGGGUGAAUAACAUUGGUGUCUUCAGCAACAGCAGCGCCAGUAGCACAGCGCCGGUACUACCAAAAGACAGAUCCAGUACCAACGGAGAGCCAAAGGAGAAUGACAAGCUCGGCGACGGCAUCAUCUUCAAGAGCCCUGUCAUCAUUGUCGCCCUCACUGCCAGUUCCCUUCAGAGUGAUAGGCACGAAGCCCUUGCCGCAGGUUGCAACGAUUUCUUGACCAAGCCUGUCAACUUUGUUUGGCUGGAGCGCAAGGUGAAAGAAUGGGGAUGCAUGCAAGCUCUCAUCGAUUACGACGGCUGGCGGAAGUGGAAAACAUUUACGAACGAGGUACCUCCCGAGGCGAACAAACUCAAGGCGGGCAAAAAGAAGACCAACCGGGCCUCGAUGUCGAAACCUCCAGGGGCUCUUGCUGCGCUUGUUGCUCCCAGCCCUGAACAACAAGCGUUGGCGCAAGCCGUGCAAGCUCCCGCUACAGACGCAGUGGUGGAUGGCGCGGUGGAGAUCGAGGAUAUUCCACCUCCAGUUGACCUGGCCGACGAAAGUUGA